GCGACCGCCACCUCCAAUGCACAAGGUGUCACAUUUGAAAAGAAACCUGAGCCCGGGGGAGAAGGCGCUGAGAGACCCUGGCCUGGCUAGUGCAAACUGCGCGGCAGGGCGCUGGGCAGCGCUGGAGAACCCAGAGAGCUCCACCGCAGACCAUCCUAGCGACCUGAUUCUGGGAUCUCGGCUCCACGCUCCCUUCGCAAUUUUCAGAUUUCUCUCCCUCGAUUAUUUCCCCAAAACGGAACCUUUAUACCAAGAGAAGGUGCCGGAGCUGGGGCAACCAGGACUUUCCCGGGCACCCAAGAUGCGCUCCAUUAGAAAACGGUGGACCAUCUGCACUAUAAGUCUACUUCUGAUCUUUUAUAAGACAAAAGAGAUAGCCAGAACUGAGGAGCACCAAGAGACGCAACUCAUCGGAGAUGGUGAAUUGUGUUUGAGCAGAUCACUUGUCAACAGCUCUGAUAAAAUCAUUCGGAAGGCUGGCUCAACCAUCUUCCAACAUUCUGUACAAGGCUGGAGAAUCAAUUCUUCUUUAGUCCUGGAGAUACGGAAGAACAUUCUCCGUUUCUUAGAUGCUGAACGUGAUGUCUCUGUGGUCAAGAGCAGCUUCAAGCCUGGUGAUGUCAUCCACUAUGUGUUGGACAGACGCCGGACGCUAAAUAUUUCCCAUGAUCUGCACAGCCUCCUGCCUGAAGUUUCACCAAUGAAAAACCGCAGGUUUAAGACCUGUGCUGUUGUUGGAAACUCUGGCAUUCUACUAGACAGUGGAUGUGGCAAGGAGAUUGACAGUCACAAUUUUGUAAUCAGGUGCAAUCUAGCUCCUGUGGUGGAGUUUGCUGCGGAUGUGGGGACUAAAUCAGAUUUUAUUACCAUGAACCCAUCAGUUGUGCAGAGAGCAUUUGGAGGCUUUCGGAAUGAGAGUGACAGAGCAAAAUUUGUGCAUAGACUUUCCAUGCUGAAUGACAGUGUCCUUUGGAUCCCCGCUUUCAUGGUCAAAGGAGGAGAGAAGCACGUGGAAUGGGUUAAUGCAUUAAUCCUUAAGAACAAGCUGAAAGUGCGAACUGCCUAUCCAUCACUGAGACUUAUUCAUGCUGUCAGAGGUUACUGGCUGACCAACAAAGUGCCCAUCAAAAGACCCAGCACAGGCCUCCUCAUGUACACACUGGCCACCAGAUUUUGUGAUGAAAUUCACCUGUAUGGGUUCUGGCCCUUCCCUAAGGAUUUGAAUGGAAAAGCUGUGAAAUAUCAUUACUACGAUGACUUGAAAUAUAGAUACUUUUCCAACGCAAGCCCUCACAGAAUGCCAUUAGAAUUCAAAACCCUGAAUGUGCUACACAACAGAGGAGCACUAAAACUGACCACAGGGAAGUGCAUGAAGCAAUAAAGCACAUAUUGAAGGAUCAAAACUGGAUAGAAACUUUUUCUAAAGAUGCUUCUGGAGAUUUAGAAACAGGAUCCAAAACAAGGCUGGGGUUCAGCAUCCACACUGACUGAAUAGCUGAAAUGGAAGUCCAUGGGAAUCCACCACCAGCUGAUGAAAUACCUGCCAAGUGCUCUAACUAUAAAAUAUUCUGACUUCAAGGGUCCUAGUAAGUGCCACUUCCACGAAGAAUACAGUUUGAAUGUAUUAUCAGUAGUGUUUACAAGAUCCAACAGUGCACUCAUCAUUAAUUAGCAAAGCAAAUAUGUUCGUCACUGUGGGGCAGCCGCUGUAAUGCCAAGCACACUGGAAGAGGAACUCAGGAGCAUCACGACUCGGAGCUUGGGAAAUUAACAUCCUUAUCCGCAGAAAUGAAGAAGAAAAAGAAUUCAAACAGUGAAAUCCAUGAGAUGAAGUAACUUGAAGGAAUGUCUUCAGUCAGGACACUGAGAGUGAUCAUGUGUGUGUUUUGCUUGUGUUUUUGUUUGUCUUCUGAAACUUGUUUUCUUUUGGGUAUGGGGUGAAUAGAAAUUCAUCUGAGGUACAGAAAUGGGAAAUACAUGACAGAGAAAAAUAAACAUCAAACAGUC